GUACCUUUCUCUCACUCGCCAGCAACACUUACCCGAAAGAAGAGUAAAGCAAAUGAGUAAAGCAAAUGUAGAAGAAAAAAAACAGAACGGCCGCAACUAAAAUGGGCGAGCUGGGUCAUUCCCACAGCGAGUGUUCACCGUCUACCGUGACGUCAUUCUGCUACCCCGCAUCCCGUACACAGGAGCGAGCGAGCACAAACGCUCGAAUAAAGCGAGAGAACCACAACGGUCGAGUGCAUCUGCUGUGAGUGUCGACCGCGGGCAUAGGGAAACAGCAAACCGAGCUACAGACGGGCACCGAGCAGAUGCCGAAGCAUUCUGUUGCCACCAGUCGAGUAGUAAGCAUCAGGACGGUACAGCUCUGAGCAAAAGCACAAACCACCGAUCCGCGAAGGCAGCGUACAUUCUUGGUUGAAGUUUUUUUUCUCUUGCUACUGCGUGCCCUUGCACCGAAAAGUGCGUAGUGAAGACGGUCAGGGGUGUAGCCUGCGCGAACGGAGGUGCACUUUUUGCUAAAUAAAAGCGUUAAGAUUCUAUAGUUUCGUGAGAUUGGAUUGGAAAAGGAUAGUGAAAGACACUCGAAGUCGUGUUAUAAAUUUAGAAGAGGAUAUUGAAAAAGUACAUUGUUGGCUGCCGCUCGCUGGACACACUACAGCCCUGGUCCGUGCGGCAAGGGAGAAAGUGACAGCACGGGCGGAGCAGAACAGCAACGGCGCAAGCGAGAAGCAACUAGCCCGUGUAUACUGUGCGAGCGUGCGAGCGGGGCAGCUGCAUACAUGCGCAACCGGGACGGCACGUUUCGGAAUAUGGCGACGGUGGAAAAGCUACAUUCAGUGUUUUUUAGUGCAAAGUUGAAUGUUUCUAGUGAACGAUUUUAGUGAGCAAAGUUUGUGUGUGUGUUUGAGCGUUUUGAGCGUGAAAAAUUAAAGAACAUUUUAGUGUGUGAUUGAGUGCAACAUGUCGAUUGAAAACAGUAUGGAGACGGCGGAAAGCAUGGCUUUCACGCGGCAGUGCGAUGAAGUCGAUGCGCUCCCCAGCCAGACCGCACAGUCGUCUGGAAGCUGCGAGCCGAAUGUGGUUGGCUCGUCGUCGAGCGCAGCAACCGUCGGCGCGAUGGUUGCGCCAGCCGCCACUGCGAACGAUGGGGGCGCUAGUGUGGCUGCUGGCGAAGAUGGAGGACGGCGACCGUUGGACGAUGAUGGUCGUCGUAGUGGCGGUUUGGUUUCGCGCCAGGAUUCAAACGAACUGUCCGAAGCUAACCGUGAUGGCAAGGGGCACCCCGGUGUGGGUAGCAAUCAGGGCAAUGGUACGGGGGUGCCAAUGGCGACAGCGGCCACCAUGAGCAAUCGGACUGGGGAGGGGCGCUGCCGGCGCAAAAACCGCCGUCGCAAGUCGAACCGCGGCAAAUCGAGCUCGAACCGCCCGUACAGCAAGACCCAGUGGAAGUUUCAGUGUCCUCCCGGGGGGCAACCGGGUGGUGGUGGCGGUGGAGGCCGCCCGGAGAACAAUUGCAACAAACGGCGCCAUCUCUACUCGGUGGCGGCCUCGCGCCGCAUCACACCGUUCCUGAAGUCCGAUCAGCCACCGCUAGUGCCAUACAACACCAACCGCUUCCUGAUGGAGGACCACAUGCCGCAAGUGCUCACGCCGUCAGGUAGAACACGCGAUUCUAGUUUUUCGAUAGAUUCAGAAGAAAAUUAUUUUUACUCACUCCCAGAGGAUGAAGAGGACUUCCUGACGAAGGAGUUCUCCAGCGUGUACGAGCGGGAGCGUUUCGAGCGGCUGGAAAGCCUCAGCCACCCGGACCUCGUGCAAGAGUACAUAAAGCUCGCGAUCGAGUACGAGCAGCUGGUGCGCCGCAACGGCGUCACCGGCGAGGGUGGUGUUGGUGGAGGAAGAGGUGGAGGCGGAGGUAGAGGAGGUGAUUGUGAGGGCGGAAACAUGGCAAAGGUGGCGGGCAGUGAUGGCGAACGUGGCGACGAUGGCAGCGGCGCGGCACGGAGCAGGCUGCUGGAGGAGCGUGUGAAGGUGCUGGAGCGGGAAAAUAUCGAUUUACGCCGCCAGCUAGAACACGCUACGCGUAUGGGAUUCCUCCUGUCGGCACGGUCAUCGCCACGGUACGGUGUGCCGACGACCAACGCAGCUUCGCUCGAUCGCAUGGACAUAGCAGAACAGCAGCAACGUUUACCGGCCCUGGACAGUAGCACGAGCGAGGACAGCGAGUCGGACAGCUCCAGCACCAGCUCGAGCAGCAGCAGCAGCAGCAGCAGCAGUAGCAGCAGUGCCAGCAGCAUGAGCGAUGACGACGACCGAGACGAGCGGGACGAACCAAUGGUGAUGGAUCCGAUGGCGGAGGUGGAUCGGGCCUAUGGCGUCCGCAUGAUGAACGGGCUGGCACCACUCUCGCCCCUCAUGAACGGUGGCAGUCCGCGGGCGAACGGACUGGCGCACGAUAGCAGCGACCAGGAGCAGGACGGCGAGGACGAGGACGACGAGCAGCAGCAGCUGCUGCUGAACGGUGUCGAUGAGCUUUCGCCCUCCCCGCGGCCAUCGCUUGCAGUGGAGUGAGGUGGCACCUCCUCCGCCCUAGAGUUAGUAAGCGAGCAGCAGCGAGCCAAAGGCUGAGUGAUCUGCGACCUAUUGCCCUAGCGUGUUUAGUAACGGUUCCCCUGGACGACGAACCAAAUGCUUUUUUUUAGGUUUUAAUGUGAGUUAUGCUUAACCACUCGGAUGCUACCGAGCUGACGGAAUCCGGAUCCGUGUUCGAACAAGCUUCCAGCCGCGUUCUCAAUAUUUGAGAAUUACUGUAAGCACUCGAAUUACGCGAAAAUGACGCGUAAUGCUAUCUCCCCCGUCGCAUGCGUGCGAUGAUCGAUUGAACAUUUUGUUUUACUUAAUCCCGUGGCAGCGCGUAUGUUGUUAUUGUGUGUGUGUUCGUACACACUGUGAAAUAUGGACGCGCACGCCUUUUACGUGGUCUCACCGAAAGUGACCGGUUUUUUUUUAUCGAACCGCGCUACGCUGCGUAUGCUGCUACUUAGCAGAAAUUAUUUAUGUUUUUAACCAAAACCAGCAUGAAAACAUUGCAGAUGGUUUGGACGUGAAAUGUAAAGUUUGGUUAUGCCUAAGUUGCUUAAGUCAAUUUGAGCACAGACAGAAUAAUAAUAGCUGUAAUGGAAAGAAGGAUUAACACUUUCGAAUGUUGUUUGUUGGAGCCGUUUGUUUAAAGCAGCAACAAAAUCAUAAAAAGCAGAAAAAGAAAAAUAAAAAAAUGGAAAAACGUUUCAUUGUAAAAUUAACAAAAAGUAUGCAACAAUUUGCGAAACAGAAAUUGAGUUUUUUUCGGAAUAAAAAAUGAGGGGGGCAGCAAAAGAAGAGGAGGAAGAAAAAAAACGCCGGGAAAGUAAUGAGAUAUUUAUACGGAGGAUUAAUGAAAAAAGCCCCACAACACUAUACGUAGCGCAUAAUUUACAACUGUACAACUAUAUACAUAUAAAGUAUAAAAUAGAAACAACAAAACCAAUGCGACAAUGCAAAAUGACAUGUGAUUUCUCUUUUUCUCUAAUAACAAACAAACGAGCUGGAAAGCUAGCUGUUUCUUUUUAAGCAAAAGAACAAAAAUAAAACAAAAGAAUGUGAAGAAGAAAAAAACGCAGAAGUAAAUAUUAUUAUUGCUGAAGAAGAAGGGGUCGAUUAUGUCACGGUCCUGCUGUGUGGUGGAACAAAGCCAAUCAAAGCGCUUACGAGGGUGGCGGAGACACUGGCAGAGGCAAACGGGGAGUGAUCAAUGUGAUUCGAUAAUAAAAUAAGUUUACGAUGAACGGGUUUAAAACACGCCACAAAUGA